AUGCGUUCGUCACUACCGUUUCUCACUGCCCUGGGCUGUCUCUCGGCCGCUUUGGCAGUUCCCCAUCCCAGAGUGCACAGUCCAGAGUACGUCAACUGGACCACUUUCAAAGCCAACGGAGUCAACCUCGGAGGCUGGCUCGUCCAGGAGUCCACGAUUGACAGCCAGUUCUGGGGAACCUAUUCCGGCGGCGCAGACGAUGAAUGGGGGCUUUGUGAACACCUAGGAUCCCGGUGUGGACCUGUUUUGGAACAUCGAUAUGCGACCUACAUCACGAAAAGCGACAUCGACAAGCUGGCCAACGUCGGAGUAGAAGUCUUGCGGAUUCCCACGACAUACGCCGCCUGGAUCAAGCUCCCUGGCUCCCAACUGUACUCCGGGAACCAGACAGCCUACCUCAAACAGAUCGCCGACUACGCGAUCACCAAGUAUGGCAUGCACAUCAUCGUGGAUGUCCACUCCCUUCCUGGCGGCACGAACGGUCUCACCAUCGGCGAAGCCAGCGGACACUGGGGCUGGUACUACAACGAGACCGCGUUUGACUACUCCAUGCAAGUCAUUGAUGCCGUCAUCUCCUUCGUCCAGACUCAGGCUCGCCCCAAUCAUCGCGGAGCCACCUGGGUACUGAAGUAUAUCCGUGCCGUGAUCGAUAGGGUCGCAUCUGUCAACCCCAACAUCCCAGUCAUGUUCCAGGGCAGCUUCAAACCGGAGCAGUACUGGUCCAGUCAGCUCCCCGCCGGCGCAAACCUUGUCUUUGACGUCCACACCUACUACUUCGAACGCAACGUCACGUCUGAGACCCUGCCAACCCACCUGUACGCGGACGCGCGGUCCAAGGCUGGGGACGGCAAGUUCCCUGUGUUCACGGGCGAGUGGUCGAUCCAAACGCUAUACCAGAACUCCUUUGCCCUCCGUGAGAGGAAUGUGAAUGCAGGUCUCGAUGCCAUGUACAAGUAUUCCCAAGGCAGCUGUUACUGGACCGCUAAGUUUUCGGGCAAUGCGACCGUGAACGGGCAAGGAACACAAGCAGACUACUGGAACUUUGAGUACUUUGUUGACCACGGGUACAUUGACCUGACGAGAUUCCAUACUACGAAGUGA